AUGCCCGGCUUCCAAGAUAGUUUCUGGACGGGCGACUACGCCGCAGGCCUUGGCGUCCUGUUCAGCAAGCUGCAGCAGGGAGUCAUAGAGAACAGACAGGUCCUGACCAUCGCACGCAUGCGCUCUGAGGCCGAGGAGCUCUACGGUACGCGCCUCAACGACAUCGCUCCAGCCGUCGACAAGGUGCAGGGGGGGUUUUCAAAGGACGAUGGCGCUACCGUCCGGAAAGCCUACGAGGGCAUACGAACCGAGAUGGCAGAAGGCGCGAAUAAGCACAAGAAGAUCGCGCAGAACAUCAGGGACCUUGUUGUGAACCCCUUCUCUAGGUGGUGCGAAAACCACGAAACCCGGAUACAAGACUCCCAGGACGAGCUGCAGAACCGCAUCAAGGCCCACGAUCGCCAGGCCGAGCUGGUCAAGAAGCUGAGGAGCAACUACUUCAACAAGUGCCGGCUGGUCGAAGAUCUCGAGGAGGAGACCAAAUUCGCUUUCCAGGACCCGGAGAGCAGCCCCAAACCCAAGAUUCCCGAGAUCAAGGUCUCCGAGAACAAGGAGGCUGAAGUGAGCGAUGAGGACUCCAUCUUCGAGAUUGGUGAUGAGACUUUCGACGUCGAGGAGAUGAAGAAGCGUCUGGCGCAUAUGUUGAACAACAUCAAGCUGCAGGACACCAAAGUGCCAAUCCUGGGAACAUAUAUGAACACUUCGGCCGGUGCGGAUAUUGUGGAGUACCUGCAAAAGUACAUGGACACCACCAGCGUCAGCUAUGCUGAGAGGAUCGGCCAGGACCUUGUUUCCAGCGGCUUUCUGAGACUCGUCGGGAACGUUGGAAAUACUUUCGCAAACAGCUCCAAGAUGUUCUACCAGUGGCGGCCUAGGGCGUUCCAGAUGUCUGGUGUGCCCGAGAAGAAGCCAACGGUGGGCAGGACCUUCUCACUCGCAUCCAACGGCUCGGACGCUGUCGAUUCACCUGUCGUAGGGACGGUGGGCGAGUACCUAGCCGGCUGGAACCCCCUCAACAAUGCACACCCAGGCGAGACUCCACCGCAGCGCUUGCGGAGGGAGCAGAGAGAGGCCGACGACAGGUACAAGGAUGGAGUCAAGAAGCUGGACGAGGCUCGAUGCGAGCUCGAAGAGGCCAUAACCGUGCAUCUGAAGUUCCUCGAGCGGUGCGAGCUGGACAGGCUCAAGGCCAUCAAGACGGUCAUCCUAGAUUUCUCGGGAUGCGUCAGCAACGUCAUCCCCAGUCUCCAGUCUGCCGUUGACAACAUGAUGCUGUUCCAGGAGACUAUCCAGCCCGAGGGAGAUCUGCGCUACCUCCUUGAGAACUACCGCACCGGACGCUUUGCUCCAAAGGUGGUCGUGUACGAGAACUACUACAACAAGGUCGACGAGCAGACCUUUGGUGUUGACCUGGAGGCCCGCGCCAGAGCGGAUAAGAAGCGAGUGCCCAUGAUGGUCACUACGAUCCUCACCUACCUUGACAACCACUACCCUGAUCUCGAGGGCGACGAGGCCAGGAGAGGAGUCUGGCUGGUGGAUGUGCCAUUAUCUCAGACUCAUACCCUGCGGAACAAGGUCAACGACGGCAAACCUUUCUCGCCUGAUGUUCUUUCUGAAUUCGAUAUACCCACUGUUGCAAGUUUGCUUAAGCUUUACCUCCUCGAACUACCCGACUCUCUGGUGUCUUCUCACGUUUAUGAGAUCAUCAGGACUAUAUACACCACGCCUAAUCCGGACACUUCAGACGCUGGACGUGUCUCGGUCCUUCAGCAGACGCUCUCCCAGCUGCGGCUGACGAACAUCGCCACGCUUGACGCAUGCAUGAACCACUUUACGAGGUUGAUCGAAUUGACAAGCGCGGACGAGGAGUACGUCGCUGCUCUUGCGACAACACUGGCACCCUGCAUCCUGAGACCACGCGUGGAGACGUCCUUGACCAUGGAGGAGAAACACGCCUACCGCCUACUACGCGACCUCUUCGCUCACAAGACUGCAAUUUUCAGCGAAUUGAAGCGCAUGUCUACUCUGGGCCACUCCACAUCGGUAACCAAUUCCAACAGCGACAGCAAAAAUCGUCCACGCGCCAUUAGUACUGAUGAGAGCAACCGAAGGAUACACCAGGAGGAACGUCAACGGGCGCUUCUGGAGAAGGCAGGAGGCGGCCGUAGUAGAGCCACCUCCCCGGCCCCAAGCCCCCGCGGCUUCGGCUCUCACCGACGGGAUAGGAGUGUCGGCAGAUUCCCGGUGCAGACCAGCCCCACCGAGAAGAACGACCGUGUGCGCAUGAGCAUGGGGCCGAUCCUAGGCGUGAAGCGAUCCAGUCUUGAGGUGCCCGGCGAAGGCGGCACGCCACCAUCCUCGGUGUCCACGGAAUCAAUCACGAACGGCAGUGACUCGACAGAAUCGCCCACGUCGGUCAGGGGCCGGUCGGAGACGCUGCGGUCCAACGACUCCCUGGAGAAGCGGAACUCCCUCGGCCGUAACCCAGCGCGGUCUUCACUUGGCCGGCGGAUCCCUGUCAACCCCACGCCUCUGACCGAAGCUGCGGGUGACGAGCACACCCGGGGUGUGACCUUGGAGGAUAAGCCGAUGGACGACUAG